AUGUCGACCAUCAAAACCCGCAUCUGCAUGAUAUCAGACACACAUACAGCCUCUCUACACCCACCCCAAAGAACAGACAAUGCCUACCGCUAUCCCCUCCCAAAAGCAAACAUCCUCCUCCACGCCGGCGACCUCACAAAAGUGGGGUACCGCGUCGAGCACGAAGCAAUGAUCGCCAUGCUCUCCGACGCAGACGCCGAGCUCAAGCUCGUAAUAGCAGGAAACCACGACAUAACCCUAGACGAAGAAUACUUCACGACCUUCGGCUACAAACGCCACAAACAUGCAGAGAAACUAGGCAAAGAAUCCAUCCUACUCUCAGACGAUAACCUCCAAACAACCCUCCGCACCUCCUCAACCAAGAACCCAAACACAGACUCUCUAAAAGCCUACAAGAAGGAACCCAUUCCUUCACUCUCUCAACAGGCGCAACAUUCACUCUCUACGCAUCUCCCUACCAACCAGAAUUCUAUAACUGGGCUUUCGCAUACCCCCGCGAUCAAGACAGAUAUAACCCCGCCCCCCGCUGCCCACCCACAACCUCAAAAUCCAAUCCCGGACUACCCGGCCAUCGACAUCCUCCUAACCCACGGCCCGCCCGUCGGAAUCCUGGAUCAGGUCCCGCCUGAUAUGAACGUUGGGUGUGAACAUCUCCUCCGUGCAGCGCGGCGCGCAAAGCCGCGACUACAUCUCUUCGGUCAUAUUCAUGAAGGGUGGGGUGCGCAGCGUGGGGUGUGGGAUGACGAGGCCGGUGAUGGUAUCAAGCUUGAAGAUGUGCCGACGGAUGUGGAGGAGAUGCUGGAGAAUCGGGGCGCGUUUUAUGAUGUUAGUGCAGGGGCGGAGCGGCCGCUGCGGGUUGGGGAGGAGACGCUGUUUGUUAAUGGGAGUAUUAUGACAGUUAAUUACCAGGCGAGGAAUGCGCCGUGGGUGGUGGAUUUGGAGCUUCCUGUUUCUGGGGAAUAG